AUGCCAGCAAAAAAUGCCAUAAAUGGUGUGUUCGUCGAGAGUCUGGAAGAAAUGAGUACGAACGUCAACCACCGAAGGCCUUCUCCGAGACGUACAAACCCACCAGCAGCGCAAACCGAACUGUCAGCCACACAAUUCAAGGAACCAGACUAUCGAGAUGGCACGUUUGUUAUAGAGCCACAGGAAGCCGCCUUUGCCAACGACUUUGACUUCAAGUCCUCGGCAACGUCCAGCACACAGAAUACUGGGAAGGAAACUCUGCUCUUGGAGUGUCCCCUUGGCGACGUAUCGGGAAAAGACGAGAGUUACAUCAAGAGCAUCAAAGUCUGCUACUAA